AUCUCAAGAAAAUAGAAGAAGUGGUAUACGAUGUCUCACUCCGGAAAUUAGCACCUCCCCCACAGGAAGGACGUCAAAUCUAAAGCAGUUGUAGUUGUAAUGUAACAACGUUCGACGACAUCGUGUUGUGUUCGCAAUAUCAAUAUUUGAAUACUCCAGUAAAAAAAAAUGUACUAGUAGACGACCCACUUAAAAGACUCGAAAUUGACGUGAUGGCGGGGUGGCAGGGGCCCUUGGUCAUUCUCUGCGACACAUGUUCAAGUUUGUAUUCCGAGUCACCAUCUCCAAUCCAUGUCUUCAUAGCCUUUCGUUCCACUUCGUAUAUAAACUCGCUUAGAAAUACUCGCUAACGACUAUUAUCUGCUAGCUGAACUCACCAAGAAUGGAUAGAAGGCGUUUACCCGGGCCAACGCGACCUGCAUCCACAGAAGAGGUAGAUUACUGGUCGCAUGCAUCUAAGUCAUUGGUAUCACUCUCCAAUAUUUAUGCCAACUCUGGCAGCCUCGAAACUAUCGGGCGCGUCAACAGACUGAUAUCCGCAUGGCCGACCGAUGACGUCCUUCCGGCCGAAGGGUAUGAUAACUUGAAAACCAAUUACAAACGGCUGUCUUCAGCUUUGAAAGAUGUUCGACACAUUAGUGAGGAGGAGGUCAAGGCUAUUGAUAGUGUUCUCGACAAACUCAGCGUCUUGAUAGCUCUUCGAAACGCACCCGAGUUACCCUCACAAGAGAAGCGAAACAAGCGUCCAAGGCCUCCAUCACCUAGUACUGCCACGGCUAUGUCGGUUACGCCACCCCUGAUAUCUGCCACGCGGCCUAUGACAGCUCAAGCAACGUCUUCGCGGAGCUCGACAGGCCCUUCUCCCGCUAUCCCAUUUUCGAGAGAGCCAAAGGCUCGCAGAGAAGCUCUUGCGAAGCAGCUGCCAUUACAAGAAGGACGAAAAGUUGCGUUUCACCCACCUGCGGGGAAAGCAGCUGACGGCAGCACCGCUGACGCCGAUGAAAACACAUGGAUCUUGGCCGUUAUCACAAAGUGUAUAAAUCAGGAUAAGAAUCGAUAUGAAGUGCAAGACGUUGAACCUCAAGAAGACGGACAGCCUGGACAAUGCUAUAACACAACCCUCCGAGCCAUUAUACCGCUACCGGAUCCGAAUGCCGCUUCAACAAGUGCCGCGCAUUUGAAUGCAUAUCAGGAAUUCCCUGCUGGUUCAACGGUCAUGGCGCUCUAUCCUGACACGAGCUGCUUUUACAGAGCUGAGGUUAUAUCCCCCCCGAGGGACGUGCAAGGACGUGGAGUGUCCAUUGCAUCGUACUACCAGCUCAAGUUUGAGGAUGAUGACGACCAAGAGCAUUCUGUCGCUGCGCAGUGGGUUGUUGAGUGGCCUGGAUCAUGACUUUAUCACAUGUUGCGGCAUUAAGUAUUUCUAUUUACUAUGAUUUCUCGAAGGUUCCUAGGCAGUCUGGCAGGUAAUGGAAACCGGGUCUAGUUCGACUCUGCA